AUGAGCAAUCCUGUCUGUGUUCGUGUGUUGUACAAAACAAACAAGACAACGGCCGAGAUCCAAAAUGAUUUCAGUGGCUUUGAAUUCACCUUCUUCGAUGUAAUUUCCCCGGAGCAAGUUUACUUGAAACCUCGUAAUGAUUACAAAGUCGAAUUUCGAACUGAGAAAGAGGUCGACAGUGCCAUAGCAGAGUUAUCUCACGCUCGCGUGUUUGAUGGCAGACGUCUCUUCUGUGCAAAAGACAAGAAAAACAAUAAGUGUCUUAUUUUAGGCCGUAUCCCCACCACCAAAACACAAGAAGAAGUUGAGAAGUUUCUCAUUGAAUUUAAGCCGGUGUGUGUCACAUUUGUUCAGCCUUUAUUAGACCAAAAAAGGUGUAACAUUAAAGUUGGCUUGAAAGAUGAGAAGACGGCUGAAAAAUUUAUCGAUGAAUACAAUGGGAAAGUAAUCGAUGGAGAGAUCGUCGAAGUUAUCAAAUUUGAAGUUAAAGAUAAAAAGUGUUUCUUGUGUGGCAAGACAGGACACAUCAGUUUGGUAUGCCCCGAGAAAGAUAAGUACAAGGACGAAACAUAUUAUGAAAGAAAACAAAGACUGGAAAAUGAAAGAAGAGAAGAAAGAAAACAGAAAUAUGCAGAGAAGGCGCAAGAAAAAGUUAAAAUUACGAAUGAAAGUGAAGAGAAUGAAGAAGAAGCUGAAAAUCUCCUCAAAAAUGCAGAGGUGGGACUGAAACAAAUGAAAAAACAGAAAAAGUCAAAUUUGAAAAAGUGA